AUGGCUGAAGAAGGGAGAGUGCAUCCUGAUUGCAGAAAUGCAUCGAACCCAUAUCACGAAUGUAGUGAAUACUGCUUCAAGAUUAUUGCUGAAACAAAGAAGAAGAUGAACAAAAAUGACACGGGAAUGCAAGUUGUUAGUGACAGUGGUGAGGCCAAUGCAGUUGCCAUUCUGGACCUGGAGGAAAAUCAUGAAAGAGAUGGCAAGGGAGGUGAUUGUGAGGUAGAGGCUGGUACUGACGGUGAAGAUAACACAGGAAAAGACUUCAAAAAUCUUACAGGAAGGCAAAAGAGGUUAUUUGAGUUGAGAUUGAAAAUGAAUGAGGCAAGAAAAGCCAAUCAGACUGCCAUGGUUGCCGAGAAGAAAAGAAUGGAACCUCCUGAAGAGUCUAGAGGAAUUUCUAAGCAAAAAUGGCUUGAGGAGAGGAAGAAGAAAAUUGGUAGACUUCUUGAUGCCAAUGGUUUGGAUAUGAGCAAAGCAUAUAUGCUGGACACGCAAGACAUGGCAGAGUCAAAGUAUAAAAAAUGGGAGAAGGAGCCUGCUCCUGCUGGUUGGGAUGUUUUUAAUCAACGGACACUGUACAAUGCAUACAAAAAAAGGACAAAGAACAUUGAGGUAGAUCUCGAAGAGUACAGCAAAAUGAAAGAAUCUGAUCCAGAAUUCUACCGAGAGGCUUCAAGCCUUCAAUAUGGAAAGUCUCCAAAGAUAUCGGAAGAAAAAAUUGACAAAAUGGUGAAGGAGCUCAAGGACAAGGAGGAGAAGGCGAGGUCCUUUAGCAGACGGAGAAAAUACCGUGAAGAAAAGGAUAUUGACUCCAUUAAUGAUCGCAAUGAGCAUUUCAAUAAGAAGAUUGAGCGAGCAUUUGGCAAAUACACCCUGGAGAUCAAGAACAACCUCGAGAGAGGAACUGCUUUGCCAGAUUAA